AUGGGGCCACAGGGACCUCCGGGUCAUCCAGGUGAAAGUGAAGCCGAUGCACUACCAGGGCCGCCGGGACCGAAAGGACCUCCUGGACUUCCAGGUCGUCCUGGUCUUCGUGGCCCACCGGGAGCACCGGGACCUAUCGGAAUGUCCGGCGUACCCGGUGAGCGAGGUGUUUGUCCCACAUACUGUGCAGUCGAUGGUGGUACAUUUUAUGCAACUGCUGAAGAUAACAAAAAAAAGAAGAGUCUACGAAUAUCCAGCAUACCGCAUAAUUCUCGGAUCUUGUGA